AUGGCAUCCGCGAAGCAGGUUGUCCUGACCGACAAGGCCCCCGCGCCUAUCCCGGUGUUGUCCCAGGGAAUCGUUUACAACGGAAUUGUAUACUGCUCGGGCCAGGUGGGAAUGGAUCCGGCCACUGGCAAACUGGUCGAGGGAACAGUUCAGGAUCGAACAGCCCAAAUAUUCCGCAACCUGAGCGCUGUAUUGGAGCAAGCCGGCUCAAGCUUAGAGAAGGCUAUCAAGGUCAACGUCUUCCUUGCCAAUAUGGACGACUUUGCGGCCAUGAAUGAAAUAUAUGGCCAGUUCCUGAGCCAAGAGCCUAAACCGGUGCGAACCUGCGUUGCUGUGAAAGCACUCCCCUUGGGUACGGACGUUGAAAUAGAGUGUUCUGCCUUCAUUUGA